ACGAGGCGGUUUGUGGCGAGUAAGUCCCUUCCGCUGCGUCGGCAUCCACAAUUGCUGCUUCCUGGUGGCGCGCACCGCACUUGCCAUAGCACGCUUCUCAUACGCGGCACACAUCCCACCCCGAGCAACCUCCACCAGGCCCACACUCCACAUCUGCCUUCUCUCCCCCGCCUCCGCGCCCCACCGCUCCUCCCCUCCGCGCGUCAAUGGCGGCAUCGCUUGCGCCACCGUGCCGCUCCGCGCUUUGUCCGCCGCCACUCCGCCUCGCCUCGCGGCAUUCCACCUUCCGCACCUCCUCCUCCCCAUCCUUGCCGCUCCACCCGCGGCCGGUACGCAAAGGGAUGCGCGCGCGGGGGGCAGUGCGCGCGGGUAUCGCGGAAGCGGACGGGGAGCCUGCGCCGAUGGGGCACGUGACGAAGUACAACGACUCGCCCAUCGACCUCGCGCUCAUGGGGCUCUUCCGCCGCAAGAUGGAGCAGCAGAUCGGUGAGGUGAGGACGAAGCAGGGCGGGUACGAGGCAUUCGUGGAGGUGUCGCGGCGGGUGAUGCAGGGCCGCACAGCGGCGGAGCAGCGCGCCAUCGUGGCCAACGUCCUCAUGUCUCUGCUGCCGCCCAACGCCCCCGCCACCUUCCGCAAGCUGUUCCCACCCACCAAGUGGUCGGCGGAGAUCAACGCCGCCAUCACCGUGCCGGGCUUCCAGUGGCUCGUCGGGCCCUGCCAGCUGAAGGAGGUGGAGGUGAACGGGCAGAAGCAGAUGAGCGGCGUGCAGGUCAAAAAGUGCAGGUACCUGGAGGUGAGUGGGUGCGUGGGCAUGUGCGUGAACAUGUGCAAGCUGCCCACACAGGACUUCUUCACCAACGACUUUGGCCUCCCGCUCACCAUGACCCCUAACUUUGAGGACAUGAGCUGCGAGAUGGUGUUUGGCCAGAUGCCCCCUCCCCUCUCCGAGGACCCAGCUCUCAACCAGCCCUGCUUCGCCGCACUCUGUUCCAUGGCCCAACCAGAGGCUGACAAGUGUCCACGAGCCCCUGAUGCUACUGCACCUUAGCAGGGUGUUCACCUGGCUUUGAAUCACUGUAAUUAUGUUGAUACUAGUGAAAGUGUGUAAUGAGCUUGUAAGGUAAUGGUUAUUAUCAGAAUUGAAGAAGUGAAUGAUAGAGUGAGAGUACACACAACUAUACCUAAGUGUUG